CUUAUUAAUAAUCAUUCCAUGAAUCUUACUAGUUUGAUUGGGUUUAGACCAUAAAGUCUUCCCCUAAGAAGCCAAGGAAAAAGGAGCACAAUUGUCACCGCCAUUUUUCUCCGGCGAGUCAGUGGAAUUCCGGCUGCAUAUGGAGAUUCUCAGCCCUUCUCAUCCUCCGGGUCCUUCCGCAGAUGGGUUUUCUGGGUUUUCCUCUCCGGACAAUUUCCGACACGGGUUCGAUCGGACAAACUGUUCGGUGGCUUCUCAGUCGCCGGAAAUUGUAGAACACGGCGGUGAUAGAGUACAUGUAGCUGUGGGUAAGUCGGUGGACAAAGCCGUUAGUUUGCUCCAGUGGGCUUUCCGACACUUCGCGAACCUAGAAAUUUGUCUUGUUCAUGUUCACCGACCGUCUCCGUUGAUUCCCACACUCUUGGGAAAAUUACCGGCAAGUCAGGCGAACGCUGAAGUUGUAUCUGCAUAUAGAAGGGAGGAGAGAGAACGGACAAGAAAACUUCUACUUAAUUACUCGAGUGUAUGCUAUAGAUCAAAGGUUAAAGCGAGCUUUAUUACAACUGAAGCCGACCAAGUUGAAAAAGGAAUUGUCGAUCUGGUGAACAAAUAUGGUAUUAGGCGACUUGUUAUGGGAGCAGUGCCUGACAAUUGCAUGAAGGUGAAAAUGAGCUCAGACAAAGCAAGUUAUGCUGCAAAAAAUGCUCCUCAAUUCUGUGAGAUAUGGUUUGUCAACAAAGGAAAGCGCAGUUGGACAAGAGAUGCUUCUGAUGGGUCAAGUUGUAUUCCUCCUAUCGGGCAACAAGAGACUGUUUCUGCAAAUGAUUUGAGGUCUAAAUCUUUGCGAUAUGAUGAAAGUGAGGUCAUGUUUCAUCCAGAAUGUCUUCGUUCCAGCUCUGGUAGAAGUAUAGUCUCUGCUGGAAUUAGAGAUUGGGUUCAGGCUGAAGCAGUUCAAUCGGAAGUGCCUUUUUCACCAACUUUGUUCAGUAAUACUAAUAGAUGCGAGUCAUACUAUCCACACGGUUUGUUUAGCCCAACAAGCAGUAGCUUCGACUCUGGAUAUACUUCCUUUGCCGAAAAAAGGGUGUCUUCAGAUUCUGACACAAAAGUUGAGGAAGAAAGCUUUUACAGUCAGCUCACUGAAAUAAGAAUAGUAGCUGGUUCAUCAAGGAACGAAGCAUUUGCAGAGCUUUUGAAGCGCAAAAAUUGGGAAGCUGAAGCCAUAGAAGCUAUUAGCAAGGUCAAGGAUUUUGAAUCUGCUCAUGAACAUGAAGUUAAACUUAGAAAAGAAGCUGAGGAUGCACUGAGAACUACAUUACAGGAACAAGAAAAACUCUUGGAAGAAAGCGAAGAAGUAACUAGAGAAUUACACCAGGCCAUGAGAAAUAUAGCUCUCUUAGAAAGUCGUGCACAGGAAGCAAGCCGUCGCCGUGUAGAGGCUGCUGGAGAACUGAAACUCGUCCAGGCGUCCAUUGCCACUCUGCGACAUGAAAAGAAGAAGAUCAGGCAGCAGAAAACCGAAGCCACACGUUGGCUUGAUCGGUGGAGAAGUCGUGGACAAGCUAAAGGUGCAAAUUGCGAUGGGAUCAUUGGGUUUAUUGAAGAUACACCAGAAGUAGCAGAAUUUUCAUUGUCAGACCUGCAAAGUGCGACGUGCAAUUUUUCUGAGAGUUUCAAGAUUGGACAGGGUGGUUAUGGGUCUGUUUACAAGGGGGAAAUGUUGGAUAGAACAGUUGCUAUAAAGAAGCUGCAUCCAAAAAACAUGCAAAGUCUAUCAGAGUUCCAAAAAGAGGUUCAAGUCCUUGGCAGACUACAGCAUCCUCGUCUGGUGACUUUAUUUGGUGUAUGUCCAGAAGCCUGGUCUCUUGUAUAUGAGUACUUGCCCAAUGGGAGCCUCCAACGUCGCCUUUUUCAGAAAAGCAACAUUCUCUCCCUGACCUGGAAGAUCCGAGCACGAAUAAUUGCUGAAAUAGCUAGUGUCCUUUUGUUCUUGCACUCUUCUAAACCUGAAAAGAUUGUGCAUGGAGAUUUGAAGCCUGAAAACAUCCUUCUUGACACUGAACUAAGCUGCAAGAUAUGCGAUUUUGGGAUCUCUAGGCUUGUUCCAGAGGAGACCUUCCGUUGCCCAAGUUUCCGCCAGUACAGUGAGCCAAAGGGUGCUUUCCCGUAUAUGGAUCCAGAGUUUCGUAGAACUAGAAGCCUGACACCUAAAUCUGACAUUUACUCCUUUGGGCUAAUUAUACUACAACUACUCACUGGAAGACCUCCAGCAGGAUUGUCUGGUGAGGUGCGUAAAGCAGUGUCAUGUGGGAAAUUAACAUCCAUUUUGGAUUCAUCUGCUGGAGAAUGGCCAACAUUUGUGGCAAGGCGACUGGUGGACCUUGGGUUGCAGUGCUGUGAACUGAACAGUAGGGACAGACCCGAGCUAAUGCCAACCCUGGUGAGGGAACUUGAGCAGUUGCAUUUCUUGGAAGAGCGACAAGUGCCGUCUUUCUUCUUGUGCCCUAUCCUAAAGGAGUUAAUGCAUGAUCCUCAGGUGGCUGCAGAUGGUCACACUUAUGAAGGAGAGGCAUUGCGUGGAUGGGUGGAGAAUGGCCGUGAAACUUCUCCAAUGACGAAUUUGAAGUUGGAUCACUUGCAACUCACUCCCAACCAUGCACUACGACGAGCAAUUCAAGACUGGCUUUGCAACACUUGAAACUCCCUGCGUUCGUGCAUGCCAUCUGUUGUUUGUAUAUUUGUAUAGGUUCAUUAUGAGAGACCUUAAACUCUACCCAUUGUAGAUCAUGCAAUUAAAAUGCAGGGACAGAGUGGUGAGUGCUUAUUAGCACCCACGUUCCUGUAUGCUUUUGUAUGUAUUUUUUAUCUAUAAUAUAGAUACCGAGAUUUUGUUUA